AUGAACAAUCAUCCUCCUGCACAAAGUACAAGCUCAUUGUCGACAUCAACAUCAUCUACGAACAUUGUCGGAGUGCACUACCGAGUUGGCAAAAAGGUCGGCGAAGGCAGCUUUGGUGUUCUAUAUGAAGGUCUCAAUCUACUCAAUAACCAAUCGGUGGCAAUCAAAUUCGAACCUCGGAAAUCAGAAGCACCCCAGCUAAGAGAUGAAUACAGAACAUACAAGAUCUUGUCCGGUUUACCCGGUGUUCCGAGUGCAUAUUACUUCGGCCAGGAAGGUCUUCACAAUAUUCUAGUCAUCGAUCUUCUCGGUCCUAGUCUCGAAGACUUAUUUGACAUGUGCGGUCGUAAAUUUUCUACAAAGACAGUGGCCAUGCUUGCCAAACAAAUGUUGUACAGAGUAGAGAGUGUCCACGAGCGCCAUCUGAUCUACCGGGACAUCAAACCCGACAAUUUCUUGAUUGGUCGACCGGGAUCCAAAUAUGCAAACACUGUGUUUAUGAUUGAUUAUGGCAUGGCAAAGCAGUACAGAGACCCCAAAACAAGACAGCACAUUCCCUACCGAGAACGCAAGAGUCUCUCGGGAACUGCCCGUUACAUGAGCAUCAAUACCCAUCUUGGCAGAGAGCAGUCAAGGCGAGAUGAUCUCGAGUCCCUCGGCCAUGUGUUCAUGUACUUCUUGAGAGGGUCCCUUCCAUGGCAAGGACUCAAGGCAGCCACCAAUAAGCAAAAGUAUGAGAAAAUUGGAGAAAAGAAGCAGACGACUGCUGUAAAGGAUCUUUGCGACCACUUUCCAGAGGAAUUUGGUAUCUACCUCCAUUAUGUUCGCAAACUUGGAUUUGAGGAGAGUCCGGAUUAUGAUUUUCUUCGUGAGUUAUUCAACAAGGUACUUCGUCGUCUGGGAGAAACAGACGAUGCAGUAUAUGACUGGAUGCUCCUAAACAAUGGCAAGGGAUGGGAGGUAAAUAAAUACACUAAUUCUAAUACUUUUCUGCAAUAG